UGGCGACGUUUCGACGAAAGUGACAUUCUAACGGACAAAUGUGUUUUUACACGUUAACGUUAAUCUUCUUUUCUAGGUAAUUAAUUACGCUCGUUAGGUGUUAGUCCGGUAGCAUCUGUGUUUUACGAUGGCUUUGAACGCGAACGCGUUGUCCAGUGACAUAAGCCGAAGAAAUCCACAGGAUGAGUACGAGCUCAUUCAGAGGAUAGGUAGUGGAACGUACGGAGAUGUUUACAAGGCCAAAAGACUUUCCAUGAAUGACCUCGCGGCUAUUAAGGUUAUCAAGUUGGAACCAGGGGACGAUUUUGCAAUUAUUGAGCAGGAAAUUUUGAUGAUGAAAGAUUGCAGGCACCCUAACAUAAUUGCAUAUUAUAAAAGUUACUUGAGAAGAGAUAAAUUAUGGAUUUGUAUGGAAUAUUGUGGAGGUGGUUCCCUGCAAGAUAUAUAUUUCAUAACUGGACCAUUGUCAGAAAUACAAAUAUCAUACAUGUGUCGUGAGACACUGCUGGGAUUGGCUUACUUACAUAGUAUGGGGAAAAUGCAUCGUGACGUUAAAGGUGCCAAUAUAUUAUUGACCGAAGCCGGUGAUGUCAAGCUAGCUGACUUUGGGGUAUCUGCACAAAUAACUGCAACCAUCAAUAAGAGGAAAAGUUUCAUUGGCACACCUUAUUGGAUGGCACCAGAGGUUGCAGCUGUAGAAAGAAAAGGGGGUUAUAAUCAGCUUUGUGAUAUUUGGUCGUGCGGCAUUACUGCGAUAGAAUUAGCGGAACUGCAACCGCCUAUGUUUGAUUUACAUCCGAUGCGAGCUCUUUUUCUCAUGUCUAAGUCCGGCUUCAAGCCACCGACGUUGAAAGAUCGAGACAAAUGGAGCCCGACAUUCCACAAUUUUGUCAAAGUCGCGCUAACGAAAAACCCUAAAAAACGGCCGACGGCCGAGAAAUUAUUGCAGCACGCGUUUUUUCAAGGCGAAAUGAGCAAACGUUUAGUUUUGGAAUUGUUGCAAAAGGUAUCGAAUCCUAGUCAUAUGUUUACUGAUUUAGAAACUGAUGAAGAUGGAGCUGUACCUAAUGUCCCGCAAAGGAUCGCAUCGCGUCAUACUGCGAGACCUAGACCAAAAAGCCCCCUACCACAAUUAGAUGGCGACGAUCAAAUUAAUCUCGAUGGAACAUUGCAAAGAGAUUCGAUAUCGCCAUCUGUGGACACUAGUCCAGCAUGGGAUAUUAUGGAUAUCAUGAAUAACGUCAAGGCUGUUCAUAACUGUGAUGUACAUCCGGACUGUGGUAUCGGCACUGCGUUCGAAGACGUGCAAGAAAAUACUGUUGGCGCUAACGUCACAACAGAUAGUAGACAGUCACGUCGAAGCAAAACAGGCACAGAAAUAUUUCAUAUGAGUUUAAGGAGUCUAUUGCAGUACAUUGAUGAGGAGUUGUUGCUAAGGGGGAAUGCAAUGUCGAUGGUUGGUGGGCAUUGCGACCAGCUAUAUUCCCUGCAAGCUACGCUUCCUCUUGGGGAGUCAUCGAAUGAUUGCGAAGUGCACUGCCCAUACUAUAAUAUGUCAGGAUCUCAAGCAAGUCCCAGGCGUCACAGCUCUGUGGACGAGUUGUAUGGUCUGGUGAGCAGUAACCAGUCCUUAGCUGCUGUCAAUGGACAACGUCAACGGUCUCUCUCGGACAGUGGUCCCAGAGACGAAUCCCCACAGUCUAAUGGUCAAAACGAGGUGCCAGGCGACGGAGACGGCGAAAGUAUGAGUCCAGACUUAUUAUCCGACACUCCACCUGUUCCUCCAAGACGAAGGGAUAGGAAACGUCAUACUCCUCCCAGGCCUAUCAGCAACGGACUGCCGCCCACGCCCAAAGUUCAUAUGGGGGCGUGUUUCUCAAAAGUAUUCAAUGGCUGCCCACUGAGAAUACACUGUACCGCAAGUUGGAUUCAUCCGGAUACGAGGGAUCAGCACUUGCUGAUUGCGGCGGAAGAAGGGAUCUACAACUUGAACCUAAACGAACUCCACGAAACUGCGAUAGAUCAGCUGUAUCCAAGACGCACGAUUUGGAUGUACGUGAUCAAGGAUGUCCUCAUGUCCCUGUCUGGGAAAACUCCUCAAUUAUAUAGACACGAUUUAUUAGCAAUGCAAAGCAAACAGAGCCACAGGUUUUCAUUGCAUAUGAACAAAAUACCUGAGAGAUUAGUACCUAGGAAAUUUGCUCUUACUACUAAAGUACCAGACACGAAGGGUUGCACUAAAUGUUGCGUCGGAAGAAACCCUUAUAACGGGUACAAAUACCUCUGCGGUGCAAUGCCAACAGGGAUAUUUUUAAUGCAAUGGUACGAUCCUCUAAAUAAGUUUAUGCUCCUGAAGCAUUUCGAUUGCACACUACCGUCGCCGUUGAAUGUAUUCGAGACUAUUAUCACUCCUGAAAUGGAGUAUCCGAUGGUCUGUGUGUCCGUGAAACAACCAUAUCAGCAAAACAAAUUGAAGCUGGAUCUCAUUAAUAUGAAUUCAGGGGCUAGUUGGUUUCACAGUGACGAACUGGAAGACAUGGAUGGUUCAGCUACUGUGAUACCAAGAAGGGAGAACCUUCACGUUAUCAAUGUUACGCAGUUAGAAAAAAAUGCAAUAUUAGUGUGUUACGACAAUGUAGUGAAAGUGGUGUCGUUGCAAGGGAAACCUAGAUCGACUAGAAAACACAUGUCAGAAUUACAUUUUAACUUUCAUAUCGAAUCCAUCAUUUGCUUACCGGAUAGUGUACUAGCAUUCCAUAAGCACGGUAUGCAAGGUAGGAGUUUUAAGAAUGGCGAAGUUACGCAAGAAAUCAGCGAUCCAAGCAGAACGUACAGAUUACUUGGAUCGGACAAAGUUGUGAUGCUAGAGAGCCAUUUGGUUCAAUCGGGAACACUGACCGAAUCAGAGGGGGCAGACUUGUACAUACUAGCUGGACACGAGGCCAGUUACUAAAUUUCAUCUUUCAACUGUAAAUCUGCAGACGUAAUGUGACCCGCAAGUGAAUUGUGACUCGCGCGGACUGCAUUGUAAAGUAAAAUGUGACUGUACUGAGAGGCAGUGGUUGACGUUGGUAAGAGAAAUUGUUAAUUAUCCUGUUUAAAAGUGCACACGAAUGAAAAGAAAAAAAAAAAAAAAAGAAAAAAAUUAAUUACCGACGUACAUCAGCGUACACAUCAUUGUCACUGUUCUCCAUAUAGUUAAUGCUACAUAGACUGGUUAUUUACCGAGAACUUUUUAACGAAUACAGAUUUAGAAUUAGUGAUCGAUAUUAAAUGAGAGAGAUAGAUAACAGUGGAACAGAAUAUUGAGAUGAACCGUGAAUAUAUUCGAAAUGAUAUGUAAAUUUGCCCUCAUGCCUGACAAAAUAAAACUUAUACCGAUCGAAUCUUCUGGCGAAAAGAAAAAGAAAAAAAAAGAAACAUUCGACGCUAUCGUAAAAAUUUGUAUUUUCUCGUUUUAACGUAAAAUUAUAUAGAGGAUGUUUCGAAACGAAUGUUAGUUCUGACGUAGCAACGUAGUAAAUUAUAGACACGAGACUUGAUUUUAAAAAUUCUUUCCACCUUUCGAUUCAUCUUAUUACAUUUACGGGUUUGAUACUCGAGAACCAUGCAUAUGCAUCACAUUUACGGGUAGAUAUACGGAUACUUAUAUUUUUCGAAUGAUUUUUAGAUCGUAUCGUGAUAACGUGAAAUCCCGACAUCUUGGAUGUGAAUUAAUUCUAUUGCCGUAAGCUUCUUAUCGGAACUUUGUAUGACUCGUGUAAGGUAUUGGCCAAAGGUAGUUUAAGUAGAUUAAUAUAUUUCAAACAUUGAACAGCAACAGAUACAACGAUUUAAAUACAAAUUAGUUUACCGAAUAUAGAAAAUUCUAAUACCUAACGAAUUGUCUAGCGAAUAUAUAUCUUUCUUCCGCGAAAUACGAACGAAAAUUGAAAUCUCGCGCGUACGGUGAAACGUAUUUCCGUUCUUUUGUAUAAGUUUUGCUUUGGUAGGCAUUGGGCUGUUGCAUCAAAGUUAUUUUAAUAAGACAUUGCGUUCAUCAGUGUCUCUAAUUUUGGACGAUUGUACUACGAAGAUACAGUAUAAAUUGCAAAGUAGUUUAUGAUGGCAAUCAUAAAUUAUUUAUUUUAAGAGGUAUAUACGGAAAGGCUUAGCAGUUAAUUCGUUCGAACAAAUCCAAGACGAUCGUUUUACUGAGUACAUAAAACUGUUUUAACUAUGUACAACGUGGAAUGUUUUACUUUACAUAAUUAAUUAUCAAAUGACGUUGAUAAUCGAACCUGGCAAGAGUUAACAGUCGCAAUAGAAUCCUCCCGUUUGUUUAAUUUCCUUUCUUUUAAAAACGUAUGCCUUCAGUGGAUAUAUAUAUAACACGGAUUAACAAAAAUUCUUUUUUAUUGUACAAGUACAAUCCACGCCCAAAAGUUUAUUUCCAUAAUCGAAACGCGAAUAUCGAUGGAAAUAUGGUAUCUCGCUUCCGUGAGAUAAUAUGGAAAAUAUGUGGAUUUUUACGAUUGGUUUUUAAGACUGGGAGAUAUGCGAAAGACUUUCUUAAUAUACACGAACGAUGUAUUCGGGAGGAAGAGUGCUGGAUGAAUAGAAUUUAAGUGGAAACGUUGAUGCGAAAAUUGAAUUAAAUAUUUUCUAAUUUACGGUUCGUUUUAUAAAAUUAACUCGUUUUUAAUAGUUGAAUUUUUUAAUUUUAUUCGCAACGGAUGGCGCAGUAUUUUGCAACCCGUAACAUUAGAGGUUUAUCGGCGAUUCGAUUGAAAUUAGUAUUAAACCUAUACUAUGUGAUAUAUUUCUGUAAUUUCUUUAUGUAAUUAAUACAGAAACAAGUAAUUAUUCUGCUAUGUUACCUAUUACAUGCAGUAUGUAAUAUAGCUGAUGUUUCUAUUUAACGUCCGUCUAAAAGGAACAUCAUUCGUAUAAAAACUAUUAUAAAUAUAAUACGAAAGUAACAUUUUUUUAUUAUUAUUUAUCUAGAAAAUGGCUACAUCGUUUAUGUAAUUAAAUAAUACUCAUUUAUUAUACGUUUCUGUUGUGGUAUCGUAUAUUAAAAUAAAUGUCAGGUUGACCAAUUUUAAUAAAACCUUAACUAAUACAAGUAGAAAACUAUAUACAUUUUGCAUGCAGCAAGUAGCAUAAAAUAAAAGACACGUCAACGUUAAAUAUUUAUUAUAGUUUAUGAUUAACAUUGCUCGUCCGUUAUAUUAAAUUUAAAAGGACACUUUCAAAAUUUUAAUUCUUAGAUUUUGUUUCUGUAUUUAAUUCAUAUUUUUAUUGGCAUAUAUAUACAUACAUAUAUAUAUAUACCGAUUAACAAUUUAAAGACAUUACAAUUACCAGGAACAUAAUUUAUGCGUGUACGUUUAUAUUUAAAAAAAUACGAUCGGAUGUUAGUAACAUUUAAACAAAUAUGACGAAUCUGUAAAGGAUCAAUAGAAACAAUGAACAGUAUUUCGUAAAAAGUACAUUUAGGAUAUUAAUCCUUUUUAGUACAUUGAACGUAAAAUAAUAUUUAAAAAUGAAAUCACACAUGUAUCUAAAGGAAAGUAUUUGGUGUUGAGAUUUUAAGUAGUUAACGAUAACAAUUUUAAAAGUGCUUUUUCGCGUAGCUCGAAUUCCGUUAGAGUAAUGGUAAUUUAUAUAUUUUACUGUUAGCGUCAAAUAAUAAGACUAUUUGAAUUUAAUGUCGGUCAAGGAUAAGUGUAGAUCGUUCGACACUCGUAAUCAGGCCUUUUGAUAAUUAAGAAUUUGAAAAAUAUGGAUAAUUAAAUAGGCGAGAAAUUUGAAGGGGUGUAUUAAAUAUUUGUUGCGCGUAAAGCUGAUUACGGUAGACAAUUAUUUUUUAAAAAUUGUAUUCGAUUAAUUGCAUUCGAACUUAUCAGUGUCCUUUAGAUGCGAAUUAGUAAAUUUAACGAGUAUCUGGCACUUUUCCAUCCAUUGUCGAUACAUUGGUAUCUCGCAAAUCAAAAUUGAUCGAUUUGCAACAGCACGAACGAAAAUGUAAUUUGAACUAGGAAGGAUUGACAGAGUAAAAUUAUCUUGGAAAUGUUGAGAUAUUUUAGUAUUUUAUACGAAGUUUUGCUCUGUAAAUAGAAAGUAGGUUACUAAAGAAAGUAUUAUGCUAUUAAAGGUUUACUAUAAUAGUAUCAUAUUUGACUGCUUAUUGUGGUAAAUAAUUAUGUUACAUUGAUUAUUGUAUCUAACGUCGAAGCAUAAGUGGUGUAACAUAAAUGUUUAACACUAACAAUUGUUUAUCGUUAAGUUUUCCCAACAUUCCAAAAUAUUCGGAAGUAGAUGGAAUUCCAGAAUACCCAGGAAAUCUCAUCUUUUGUAUAAAAAAAAAAAAAAUUGUUUCAUUUAUCUUUUAUAUAAUCUACUGUCAUACAUAUAUUUUUAUUAUACGUUUAUAUUAAAGUUCAUAAAAAACAAAAUAAUACUAAUUUUAUCUUUCCGUCGAUGAAGAUCGUUAGAAAUUUAUUUGCAAUUAUAUUCGUUUCUCUGACUCCUGUUUUAAGCGCUGUAAAUAAAAUUUGAAGUGUUACGCGACUUACACCACUUAUGUUGUGGCAUAAUUUAAUACAUAACGCGAAGAUUUGUUAUUAUAAAAUGCAGGAAACAAUUGCGUUUAACGAAAUAAUAUAUUCCGUGCAGACAAUUCUUUUAUAUAAAGAAAAAAAAACAACAAUUGAAACGAUUACGUGUUCAUGAUAUGUCCAAGAUAGUUCGCUUUACCGUUUUAAAUAUCACUCUUGUCUUUUAUAUCGUUUUUAGACGAGUUUUACAAUACUUUGUUCAAAUAUUUCAUUCCCCGAUGUUGAAAAAACUUUAUAGAAUAAAAUAUUUAUUCGUAGCGAAUGGUUGCACGCACAUGCGGAAAUUAUAAACAAACGUAGUUCAAAUACGAUUUAAUUGAGGCAUAAGUUCAUGUUUUAAAUACGCCUAAUUAAUUAUAUUGCGCUUCGUCGUUGCAAUGAUAUAUUUACUAUAUAUAGCAAAUACACUUAUACAUUUAUCGUGGCAUUGAAGACAAGAGAGAUGUUUCAGGGAAUACAGUUAAGCAAGUCCAUGUUGCAGUAUAUAUUUACCAUGCGUUUUUGUCGAUAAUUUAGUAUGCAAUUACAAUCAGUGCUUAAGCAAUCAAAUACCGAACGAAAUGUUUAAUCAAAUUGCGUGACUUGGUUAAAAGUGUCUACUAGCGUUGCUCAUACAGAUUGGUAGAUUUUAUGAAGGGAAAAGUGUAUAAAAGCAAAUGUCUUCCUCGUGUUUGCAACUAAACAAUAUACCGUUAGAAGAUGUUCAGUGCCCGUGGGAUCAUCGCGUAAAUGCAAACGAUUUAUUCUCAUACUGUUACUAUCACUAGAAUCUUUCUCGUUGCUUAAUUUGAGUUACUGAUGUUCGUAAUUAGUCGUGUUCGUUUGUAACUUUGUUACACAGUGUACAGUAUUCCGUAACAGGACGCCUCUUUAUAAACUUACGUACGACUUGAAACCUAAGUUCUUUUCUUUUUGUUUUAUUUCUCUGUACAAUAAUUAUUGAGAACGAAUUAUCAGUGUAUCUCUAAAUUUUGGAUCGAGGUACCGGAAAAGCUUGUGCUUUCUAAACAUUAAGAAUAACUUUCCGGAAAAUGUGUAAUGGUGUGAUAUAGAUUACUAGAGAUAUAUGUGUAUAUUCAAAGGUAUAUUGGUAAUAUAGCCAGGGAAUAUCUUAUAAUAAAUUGCACCUAGACAUGAAUGUUUAUUUUACAAGUUAGUCGACACUAUGCACAAUUAAUUAUACAGGGGUGCCGUUAAAUUAUAUCUCACGAGCACCAUGGAUGGAGAUUUUAGUAACACCCUGUAGAGAAGUACUAAUUCUUUCAAUUGUUUAUUAUUCUAAUAUUUUAUGAUAAUUCGUUGCACACUUCCCGGAUAUAUUACUAACCCUUUAUCUUCGAUAUACAUAUACGGUAUUAAUUUGUUCAUUCUGUAAAGCAUCCGUUCGCCGUUAUCGAUAAUCUAUUUCAAUAAUGUCAUAAAUACACUGCAACGUUACCUGGCAAAUUUUUCUAUCGUUACAAAGACAAUAAUUUCGUUUGUAGCGUCGACUAUGCAAUUCGAGCAAAGAAAAAAAAAGAAUGUGCAACUCGCAUUGGCUAAACGCGAUAGGGAAAAUACAUUUACACCGACAACAAAACGACUCGAGAAUAUUAGACAAAGAGAAAGGAAUAUAAUUAUACAUAAUCCUUGGCAGACCAACUAUUAAGAAACAUAAAGUUUUAGGAUGGGAACCGCAGGAACACAGAAACAUCUUAGAUGGAAAUUUUACAUAUCCGUGUUCUUAUGACCACGAAAUUCUAAAUACAACCCUCGAUAGAGUUUUGUUGGAUAUAGUGCAUAGCUGAAAUAUUUAAUUCUUAUUGGAUCUCAAUGUGCAUAUAUACCGCGUGUGAUCGCCGAGGGAUUGAUCAUUUACAUGUUCUCGAUCAAUUCUCUCGCGCACACGGCGUAGAUUUCUCUAGCAGUAGGACAAUUAGUACAGCGAUAACAUGUACCUGUCCAUAUCGACCAGACCAAGUGUCUUUGCCUCUACUUACAAACGGAGAAUGCAAAACUGUCAAGAUGAAUUUCUUCAAUGACUUUUUAACACGUUAAACGCCGCGUGGAUAUACUUUGAAAAUGCAACGAUGAGACUUUUAUAGCAAUAAAUAUUCUACUAUCUUCUCUAACAAUAAGUACAUGGGUUGCCCUUGCGAUGGAGCACUGGCGGUUGACAAGAAGAAGGCUAACGACUGCUCCCAUCCCCACUCUAACUUAGAGUCUACCAGUUCACCUACUGCCUCACGAAUUGUCAUUAAUGACGCACUGUAAGUAGGGGAGCUAUCAGAGUGGGGAUGUGAAUACUCGUUGGCCUUCUUCUCACAGACAGCAAUACCUAAAUAUCAAACUAUUAAUUUUAACAUCCAACUCGCCAGAAUUUUAUAGAGAAUUCAAAAUAUAUUCGAAGAAUCAUUGUCAUAUCCAUUUUGUAACGAUAUUCUUUUACUUUUACGAGAAACAAAGUAUACUAUAUUGAGCUAACUCGGUACAAAUGAGCUGCAGCACCACGAUGAGUGCUCGCAGCUUGUUGCGUCGGCUAGAUGAACUUAUAAUUAAUUAGCUCGGCGUUUAACGUGUUAAUAAGGUUCGUGUUAAAAGAAUUCAGCUUGUUGGAGUUGCAGGAUAAUAUUUCUGAAUGCUAUGGGUUUAGAAAUAACAUUCUGCAACGCUCUCGGUUUUGUAUUCGCUUUGAUUUCGAUUUCAAUAGUGUUUCUUUUUAUAAAACGAGAUGAUAAACAAAUGAUUUAUAUUUAUUUAACCCUGAGAGCGACAGUGAUGAAAAUAUACUUAAAAUUCUUUAAUAGUUAAAAUUACAUAUUUUGCUAACUUCUUUUUAUCUUGUGUACAAUGUUUUCUCUUCGUUUUCAGAAGUUAUGAUUCUAUUAUUAUCUUUCUUUAAUUGCUGUUGUUUGAAGUUUGUACAGAAGGUUGUUGCUUUCAGGGUUCAAAUGAACCACAACUCACAGGUGCUGUUUCAUUAUUGUUAAGUUAAAAUAGCAACACCGGUUCAAUGUUUGUCAGCUAUGUAUUAUGUUUUCCAUGGGAGUGCAAAUGUGUAACAGAAAGAAUAUUUUAAGAGGCAAGUACGUAUUGUAAGAAUGAUGAAACGAUUUAGAGAGAACGAGACAGAGAUACGCAACGGAAAAGAGAUAUAUAGGAAAAUCUAAAUAUAAAUAUAUAUAUUUAAUAAAAUUCUUUAACGAAGAAAUGUAAGUUCAAAGAUGGUGUGUAAAUUAGCGCGGACAACAGUACCGAGAUUUCGUUGAUUUACGCCGUUUUAAGGGAGAACUAUAAUAAAUUGUCAAUAUGUCAAUAGCACGUUAUUAACCAAAGCUUUAGCUGCGAAUAAGAGCGACGAUUAAUGAAAUUAUUCUUACAAGUGGAAGCGUAGAAGAGGCGCGUCGUUGUCGCAUAAAUUAAUUCUAGGUUUAAGGAGCUUCUCGGUGAGAUGCUGUAAAGGAAAAUAAAUUAAUCACUCGGUUUAUCUGUUCACAUCAGUAUUUUCCAACUACUCUGACAUGGAGCAGGACGAAAUCUGAAAAUAAGUUCUUUAAACGUUGGAUUAACUUCGGGACUUCCUGCAAAAAAUUUAGGCAUCUAGAAUCGUUGAUGUUCCGAUUAGUUUAAUAUUUUUUAUAGGUCCUGCGUGGAGCCUAUGUUGGAAAACACUGGUUUUGCCCGUUUCGUUGCGACAAAUUUAUUAAUGUUAAUUAGCCUUUCGUGAAACAAUGGACCAGCGUGUUCGUAACGAAUGAAAUUUUACCCUUCUUUUCUUCUGCGUUAUGCGACACUUCGUUACUUGAACCAAGCGUAGAGAGGAUCAAUCCUGUGUACAACAUCUCAGAGAACGUAGAAACUCUGUAAACGAGACGAAUCUUAAUUUAUUCUUUAUAUUUAUAUUCAUAACCGAAAACGAACGAAGUAUCGAACGAUACUUCGUCGUAGGAGAAUAGACUCUAAUCCAAAAUAAUAACGCGGUUAAGUGUAUUAUAGUUGCUACGGUUGUAUAUAAUGUGUAUAACGGAUGAUCGUUUUUCAGUUCACCGAGCUUCUCGCCCGUUUUAGUCAAUCUUUCUUUUUAUAUAAAUACAGUAUUGCGAAGCUAAUUUAUGAACAUUUAUGUAUCAUUUACGUGUAUCUGUAAGCACGACUAGCCAAACCUCUGUAAAUAGACACUCUCGUAAU